UAUACUUUUUGAUAUAUUGCAUUAAUAAUAAUUUUAAUAAUAAACACCAAUAUUCAACCUUUUGUAUAUGAUAAUUUUCAAAGUGGUAGAAUAAGAAGCCUAGAUUUAAUGGUAUGUAGCAGUUUCUUUAGUAAGUGGGUUUGAAAUUUAAAAGCAGAAUUUACCAAGAUCCAAGACUAAAGCCCCCCGUUUACUUUUCUGUCACAAAUAUGUCAAUCAGCAAAAAUCAGCCAUCUCACGAGACAACACGGGAAGUGAUGAUAAGAACACUCUGAGAAAAAAUCCCUGCAUCCUUAGAUCAAACAUUUCUUCUCUACCAAAGCAGAGAAUUUUAAUUCUGAAAUUUAAAAAAAAAUUAUAUAAACAGUAAUGCCAUAUUAUAUAUUAAUUUUAUUUAGGAAAAAUCGACCAUGUAGAAACUUUCAAAGUACACAAAAAACGAAAAAGGAGAAAAGAAAACGUGAGAUAAAUUAACUUAAAGAAUGACUUUUCAAAAAAUCUGACGCAAAGAAAUCUAGUAAUGUUCAUUUUAAUGUGUACCCGGUUUUGUUGUUGGUGACAUUAAUUAAACUCUAAUGCAAUAUCUCACUUCUUGAAAUAAGAUAUGUCAAAUAGUCACCCAGGCAUAUUAGAUUUUUUUAUCGCUAAACAUUCUGGGGAAAAAUGCAAUCCUGUUACAACUGAUUGAUUUUUAAAUACUUAUAUGAAAAAAAAGAUUUGAGAGUCAUUUGCAAUAAUACCACAUAUUAGUAGAAAUAUUCAGAAGUUAAGACGAAUAAAUCCGGCGGAUUAAUUCAACAAGAAAAACUAACAGACCUGAAAAUUCUCCAGUUUUAGUGAAGGCUGGCUAAUGAUAUUAAAAGGGUGUAAAAAGACAUCUAAUUAUUGCAAAUAUUUAUCACAUCUACAAAACAAUACCCAGAGGGCGGUACCAUAUCGUGUCGUCUGCAGGAUUUCUGCAGACGUUGUAACUGUUAUUUCUGAAUAGCCUCGGAAAAAAAAUUCAUUGACAUCGCCGUAUAAAAUCCAUGCAACGAACCAUUUAGGCUAAUUAUGAAGAGAGGAAUGAAUUAUUCAAGUGAACUGUAAACAAAUCGCCAAUAAUAUUUUUGAUUGCAUAUCUUUCAUAUGCAAAUUUUCGCGUGGCAGAAGAUAAGGAUCUCGGUGAUCACUGGCUAAUCAGAGUCGGGGGGUUGUCAGAAUUGAUUUUAAAGAAACCGUUUGAUUGUGACGUCAUAUCAAGCAUGCCCAAACGCCCCUAAAAGUGGAGAUAACGUAUAUAAAUAUAUAUUUCUCAUGGCUGCAGUAGAUAUUAAGGUUUUAAGCCACAGAUAAACAGUUUCACAAGUGAAAGCGGCUAUAUGAUUCUUGGACGAGAUGAGUUAAAUCCGCUUACAUUUCCCAAGCUAUUGAUAGAAAGCCCAGCCAUUGCAGAGGGAGGGAUAGUGCACAUUCAAGUUGGGUCCUACUUAUCAGAUAGCGAACAAUCGACAGUAAGACUCUAAUGCUGUCUGUUGAUAUAGUGUUUCAAACUUCAAAGUGUAUCAUAUUUACCGUCAAGUCUUUAAAACAAUUCGGAGAGACUGUGAUUAGCAUAAGAGGAUUAUAAUCAGAGAAUUUGCGGGAAAAAGAAAAACAGAACGAAAAAUACUGUUCCAAGAUUUGUGGAUUUUUUUUUUUGCCGUAGAUGGACACUUUAACCGAUCAUUUAAGCCUAGAGGAAUUUGUAGCUAGUGUUUCAUCUACAGAAUCUAAUAUGACAAUGCAUCACAUGGAUACAGUAGCUAACAACAGCGCAGAAAACGCUUCACUGGGGAUGCCAACCCCUCACGGAGGGGGCGCACUAGGAAGUCUGUCCCCCAGUUCUACAGAAACAUCCCUAGAUAAAACUACAGAAGAUCUAACAAAAGGCAAAAUGGACGACAGUACUUCUGAUGACGACAAGAAAAAGAAGAGACAGAGGCGACAGCGAACACAUUUCACCAGUCAGCAACUUCAAGAACUGGAAGCAACCUUUGCCCGGAACCGAUAUCCAGACAUGGCAACGAGGGAGGAAAUCGCCGCUUGGACCAAUCUCACAGAAGCAAGAGUUCGGGUGUGGUUUAAGAACAGAAGAGCGAAAUGGAGAAAAAGAGAACGCAAUAUAGAUACAUAUAAAACCGGCUUCGGAUCCCAAUUCACGGGUCUAAUGCAGACGCCUUUUGACGACUCACUGUACAAUGGGUAUACCAACAACUAUUGGGCUGCCAAAGUCCCAAGUCCACUGGGAACUAAGACAUUUCCUUGGGGACUCAACUCCGUUAACCCGCAUCUCUCCUCAGUGGUGUCUACACAGCCAAUGUGUUUCUCGAAUCCAGCUAGUAGUAUAAGCAGCACGAUGGUUGGGAACAUGCCCAGCGUCCCGGCCAAUAUGUCUAACACCGGGGCACCUUGUCCCUACGCCCCUCCGGCUCCACCUUACAUCUAUAGUCCUAACCGAGACCAGUGUUCAAGCAGUAUUGCUUCUCUAAGACUGAAAGCUAAACAUCAUUCUACGUCAUUUGGUUACCCCCCAGUCAAUCACAGGCAGCCCACGUUAUCGGCGUGUCAGUAUGCAACGGUAGGCAACAGUGGAGGUGUGUGAGAACGUUAUAGAGGCAUUACUGUAGUGGUAGAAGACCGAUAUUGUCUUACACGAUCACGUGAUAAUCACGUGAAUAAUUGAAAGCGAGACUGGAAGUGCUGGAUGAUGGAUGUGAACCGUCGUGCUUAGCGAGAGAAUAAACAUCUAGACAUUUUAUGAAAUGCCAAAAAGCACUCUUGCCAUUAAGAUGCAGUGUUCACCUCCUAAAUUAAGACUUCUUACUAUUUUCAUUCAGGAAUAUAUAUGAUGAAUAAGGCUCGAGGCAUUCCGAACGAGAGGGUAACGGAAAUGACACCCCUUGAAUGACGAAACUUUUAAUUGAUGACUUGUUUAGAUGGUGCUAUCGUUGGCAUUUAUCAUGGGUACAUAUUGUGGUAACAUAGAAAUGCAUAUUACUUGGCUGUAGUAACGAGUUAAUGUUUUGUAUAUUUUUAUAAAAUAAUGUUGAGUAUUAUAAUCAAAAUUAUUCUUUAUGAUUAAUUUUGAUCAAAGUAAUCCAAGUGGUAUCGAUAAUUAUUAUAUUCAUAGAUAGUGCUAUGUUUCAUGAUCUGUAUGAACCAAAAAGUUUAUGAAUUAAUAGAAAAUCAAAACCGUUCAAUUUAUUAUUGUAGGUUGAAAAUUAUCAGGAAUUUUAUGAUUAAAACAUUGGAGAAAAGUAA